AACAACGCCAUUUUAUGCGUUUUCCCACCCAGCUUUAUGCUUAGCCCUUACUCAAACCCCUCUCUCGUCAUCAACCUUUUGCGCCAUAUCAGGUUGGAGAUCCAGCAAACCCCACCAUUAGAGAUUAAAGGUUCGCAUUCCACGGCACGUUUAAUUAAAAAAAAACCUCUAAUCAAAUACUCUUUUGCCUCUUUCUCUGGUGUAGACAAAGUGGUGCAGAAGUAUUUCCUAUUUGCUAAUCUCAUCUAUGUUCGGAGGUCUUGUGACGGGUCCUGCCAAUAGUCCUCACUUAAGAAAGUCUGGUAGCAGACCUGUUGUCUCUGAUCUGGGCGCAACUGAGCAAGAAAAUGGUGCUGAGGAGACUUUCUUGCAUCCCGUAGAGACAAGUGACAUGAAGGGCGUAACUACACCAAUUAAUAGUGCUGCAAUAAUGCCGUCUCCUAUAUUUUUGUGGAGAUUUAAGGUAUUUUUGUUUCUCGUGUGGGGUGUCAGCUGUUGCAAGUUUGGGUGGGAUUCUGUUAUGAGAAUGAGUGUGGAUUUGCGAGAUUUAUUUCUGUAUGAGACAUUUUUAUAUUAUAAUCCCCUUCUUCUCGUGACUUUGAUGGUUUGGCUUUGGGGAAUUAAUUUAUGGGUUUUUUCCCAGUCCAACAUCAGUUAUGCAAAAGUUUUUGAUCUUGAUCAAAAUCAUUUGUCCCACAAAGAAAUAUGGAAGUGUGCCAUAUGGAUGACACUCAUUGUCCCCACUAGCAUGUCCGCAUAUCUUUAUCUCUAUUCCCAUGGAGAAGUAUCACUUGCUGCAUCACAACCAGUGCUAUUAUAUGCUGCUCUUGCUAUAGCUUUGAUCUUUCCUUUUGAUAUUUUUUAUUUGUCAUCUCGCUUUUACUUCUUAAGGACUCUUUGGCGUAUAGUUCUCCCAUUACAGGCCAUCACAUUUUCUGACUUUUUCCUUGCUGAUAUUUUGACCUCCAUGUCAAAGGUAUUAUCGGAUUUAGAAAGAUCAGUAUGUCGAAUGGUCCAUCGACAGGUUGCUACCAUUGCAUGGUUUGAAGCUGAUUCUGUUUGUGGCAGUCACUCUGUUGCGAUUCCCUUAGUUCUUGUUUUGCCUUAUCUUUUCCGUCUGUUCCAAUGUCUCCGGCAAUACAAGGAUACUGGGGAGAAAACAACCCUUUUGAAUGCUUUGAAAUAUUCUACUGCAGUACCAGUGAUUUUUCUUUCAGCUCUUAAAUAUCAUGUCUUCCCUGAUAAGUGGAUGAACUUCUAUCGACCUCUCUGGCUUCUCUCAAGUGUUUUAAAUUCUUUGUACUCAUUCUACUGGGACGUGACACGAGAUUGGGACAUGAGUGGCUUCACUCGGAUUUUCAAGUUCAACAAACCGCAUUUGUUAUCAAACCUGUUAUAUGGACGGAAAUGGGUUUAUUUUUGGGUGAUAGGAAGCAAUCUGAUACUGCGUUGCACAUGGACAUAUAAGCUAUCUGCCCAUCUCCGGCACAACUACCUCACCGUGUUCACAAUCACAGCCUUGGAAAUUUUCCGCCGCUUCCAAUGGGUUUUCUUCCGUGUUGAAAAUGAGUGGAAUAAGAUGAAUUCCAAGUCCAAUAUUCAACUCACCAUGAUUGACAUCCCAAAAGAAGAUGAGAAAUUACUCGCUUCUGGUGACCACAGUGUAUAGGCGAUUAAGCGAUUUUAUCACAUUGGUAGAGAUAUGUAGAAUUUAUAAUUUUUUUGACCAAAAGGGUUUACCAAUUCCUUUUCAAAAUUGCAUUCUAUACAAUCAAUUGAACAUUAUAUUUGUUCAUAAUAGAGUAGCAUGUUCGAUUAUUCCA